GUCAGCCCCGCGCCGGUCUAAGGUCUUUCGGAGCCCGGCCGAGGCCCUAAGCCCCGACCCUCUCAGGUCCCGGUCGGCUUGGCGCCCGCCCCUAGGAUCCGCCCACUGGUGCAAGCCCCGCCCCCGGUUCCGGCAACGGCCGACUAGCGCAGGCGCCCUGGUCCCGCAGCCGUAGGCCGUCCCCUGUCGGCCCCGCGGCUGUCAGAAGAACAAUGGUCCCGCCGCUGCCGCCGCUACCACCGCCUCUCUGCACGUUGCCGCCGGGCCCCGGGCCCCCGCGCUUCAUAUGCUACUGCGAGGAGGAGAAGGCAGCUGGGGAUAGUGGCCAGGGCGGCUUCAACCUCUAUGUGACGGACGCCGCGGAGCUCUGGAGCACCUGCUUGACGUCGGAAGGCCUGGCGACCCUCAAAGCCCAUUUUGGCCUGAGUGCGGCGGAGGACGUCACUCCCCGGUUCAGGGCAGUCUUCAAGCAGCAAGCUGUGACUUUCACUCCUCAGGAGGACGCAGCAUCCCUGACCAUCUCUGGGGGGCCCUCCACACUGGACUUUGAGCUCUCCAAAGUGCCAGGCCCAGAGGCGGCCCCCAGGCUGCAGGCACUGACUCUGGGCCUGGCAGAGCGCGUGUGCAGCUUGGAGCGGCAGCUGGCAUCUGUGGAAGAGAUGGCCGCCAGCCCCAGGAAGAGCCCUCGGCCAGUGGGGCCUCAGCAGUUCCUACCAGGUAGCCCUCUCGCCUGUGACUUGGGCUGGGGCUGUACUCGGUCUACUUUGACUCAGUUUCCCCAUAAUAAGUCUCACGCUCCAGGGAAGCACUCUGUCUACGUGGAGAGGUGGCUGUGGCCCUGGGAUCCUACUGCAUUCAGGUGCACCCACCCCCAUCCUGCUUUCCCUAGAUCCAGAUUCUCAGAGAGGCUGCCCUGGACCUGGGGUCAGGAGGCGAUGUCCUGGCGAGUCCCUCAUCAACCCUGGCUUCAAAAGUAAGAAACGAGCCAGUGGUGUGAAUUUUGAUGACCUCUGACCGUGCCGCAAAAAAGUGACCCUGCCAGGAUCUUGUCUGUGAGAGGGGUGCGGCCCCCAAGACCCCACGUCACCCGUCCUGCCGCCCAGCCAGAAGAAGCCUGCUUCUCUGAGCUCCUUCCUCAUCAAAUAAAUGGAUUUCUCAGGCAGAGGGCACGGCCAGCCUGUGGCUCCCGGGGGGCUGGCUGGGGGAGAGGUCAGGUGUCUCCCGCCCACUGCAAUCUGGGUGUGUGGCCACAGGAGGUAACAGAGAUGCCAGGCCCUGCAUCCCUGGGGAGGUGCCGCCAGGCUCUCCCAACCAGCCUGGGGGCCAAGAGGGCCAUGCAGGGCAGGGUCCGGGCUCCCAGGGCUGGGAUCCUCCCACCCCAUGGGUGCACACCCCUUCCAGACCCCCACAAAGCAGGACAUGGCUUCGACCACCCCAUACCAAGCACACGGGAUGUCCUGCAGGAGAUGGUGGGGGGGGCCUGCCAGCUGGGGUGGGGCUGAGGAAUGUGGGCCACCCCACCCACUGGCUUGGAGCCCUGAAUUGCCCAGGCUGGGCUCUGCUCCCCACCCUCCUCGGCCACCCCAACGCUGCGCCCUGGCCUGACUGGUUUGGGAGCUCCAUCCAGUCCCUGUCAUCCCUGACGAAUGGGAGGGGCCGUGCCCCACCUACUGGCCUCUCUGCCACGUCAUUCUGGGCUGUCAUCUGGAACAGCAGGCCACAGUGGGGGCUUAGGGGUGGCAAAAAUCGGGCCCUCUGGUCCCUGGGAUGUGCGGACAUGCUCAUGGGAGUUGGCUUUAAGGGGCUGCAGACAAGUGCGCAGAGGCGGCAGCAGAGGCGGGGGCACUAGCGGGGGUGUACGACGGGCCGGUAGGCCGCCA